CUCGUGAAAAUGUGCUACAAACUUAGAAUCGUCCUAUUUCUGAUUUUUGUUUACGGGUCACAGUCUCACAAUGUUAGUAGCAAUCGGGAUCUGAAAAAUGCGGUGUACGACAAUGAGUUUGAUGGAAAAAGUAGUCUGGUGUUUGUCUUUGACACGACUGGGUCUAUGUAUAAUGAUUUGAAACAGUUGAGAGAAGGUGCAGAGUUGAUUUUGAACACGGCUUUAGAAGAAAGUGACGUCAUUGGAGAUUUUGUGUUCGUGCCCUUUCAUGAUCCAGUGGUAGGCCCAGCGACCGUAACUCGUGACAAGAAAGUCUUCCACUCGGCGCUAGACAUCAUCCGUGUUUACGGCGGCGGGGACUGCCCCGAGAAGUCUCUGUCAGGGAUACAGCUCGCGCUGGACGUGAGCCGGCCGAAGUCCUUCAUGUACGUGUUCACCGAUGCCACCGCGGCGGAUCAUCGGCUUGUGGGUAAAGUCCUGGAUGCGGUGCAGAGAAAGCAAACUCAGGUGGUAUUUGUUCUGACUGGGCAUUGCAAUGACCUGAACCGACCUUCAUACAAGGUGUACCAGCAGAUCGCGGCUGCAAGUUCCGGCCAAGUAUUUAAUCUGAACAAGACCAGCGUCCACAAGGUGUUAGAUUUCGUAAGAAGCUCAAUAAAGGGACGGAGCGUCAACCUUGGCUCCGUCGUUCAGCCGGGCGGGCAAAAUUACACGCAAGGGAUUCCCGUAGACAGCUCGCUAUCAGAAGUGACAGUGUCUGUGUCGGGGGCUAAUCCCCAGAUUAGAGUGGUGAACCCCAGCGGGGAGGAGAUCACGGGCCCGCCUCAACUGGUCACCACUUUGGACCUCUCCGAGAUUAUGGUUGUCAAAGUCCUGGACCCAGAGCCUGGUAACUGGACGGUGACUGUAGGAAGCGAGCAAGGGUACUCGGUGAAGGUGGUGGGGAUGUCCAACUUGACGUUCAGCCAUGGAUUCUCCGUCGCACCCCCAAGUUCUGCGGAAGAAAUUAGCUAUAGACCGUUGAAGGGCACAUACAACCACAUGUUGAUAUCAUUAUCGCCAACCGACGCCGCAGUAAAUGUGAAUUAUGCUCAGAUAGUGGCGUUAGAAGGAAGGAUCCUAUUCGAAGUGCCGCUAAAGAGGUUUAAAGAGGAGAUGGGAGUUUACAUAGCGGAGGCUUUUGUACCCCCUGAUGACUUCUUUUAUAUUGCGAUUGAAGGCAAAGAUGAACAUAAUCAGGAACUUAGGAGAAUUGGGGCUACUGCUGUCCAAGCAAAAGUGCCAGAUAUUCCUUUCAUCACCGCUCCACGUACCGUUGCCGCCCGAUCACACGAGCGAGUGGUUUUAAAAUGCUCCGUGGAGAGUCUGGUGCCGGUCACCGCCAUGUGGACUAGAGAUAUGGUCAAGGUGCAGCCGCAAAUAUCUAGUCUACAAAGCACAUCCAUAGAAUAUGUUAUCGAAAAUAUGAGUGAGGAACACGUAGGCAUGUACAGAUGUAUCGCCAAAAACGUGGCGGGGGUCGGCAAAGCUGAUACGGAACUCAGUUUGGCAGUGGAGCCGCCUUUAGUAACAAUAGCGCCACAGAACACCACUGUUUUGAGAGGAGUCAACGUGACUGUAUCAUGCGCUGUUUACACUGAGGCCUUUUUGAAGAAAUUUCAACUGGUCCAUAAUAAAACUGGAUCUCCUAGUAAAGUCUAUAAUGUAAUGGCAGAGCCGAAUAUCGAUGGUGUAUAUAGCUUCAACAAAACAAUAGCGAGUAUUGAGGAAAUUGACGCUGGUACAUAUUCUUGUGUAGCUGCCAACAGAGGUGGAGAAACGAUAAACUCCACUAACAUAACAGUGAAAUCGCACCCCGCCUCUCAAAUCCUCGGCCCGCACACUAUCACAAAACUCACGCACACGAUCCUACAAAUAGUAUGUACAGUAGACAACGCAGAUAAACUGCAGUGGAUCGCGCCCAAUGGCUCUUUAGUAGCAGAGGUCGAUGUUAACGGCAGUUAUACGGGAGCGAUGGAUGUCGUGGUGGAGGAAGAUGGCGUUUGGAAAUGUAUUGCUCUGAAAGGAGAGCUGAAAUCUACCGACGCCUUAGAACUUAAAACCGUUAUAAAACCAACUGCAAACAUCAUGGGCGAUAGAAACAUAACUAUAAUAUCUGGAGACAGUGUCAACCUGACUUGUGUGGUAGUAGCCAAGCCAGCGCCCAGAAUCAUAUGGCAUCGGGAGACCGAAGUGUUCCUAAACCAUACGGUAGAACUGACAUCCUCAGACACAUACAAAAGUACUCUUCACUUAAACAGUUCUCUAGAGGUAGUGGACGGCAUGUACUUCUGUUUCGGAGAGAACUCUCAGGGCAUUGGUCACGACAACGCCACUGUUAGGAUGACCAGGGAAAUGGUUGUUCUGAGACGGUUCGAAGAUCUCUUACUGCCUGCAUAUUCUGAAGCAAUACUCCAUUGUGAUAUAGAUUCCUAUCCGCCGCCCAAAAUUGCCUGGUAUAAGAAUAACAAAACUGUUAUCACUGAUGAAAAUGUCAAAAUUUCUAAGGAUAAUAGCACUCUUACUGUACGGAGAGUUAAUUUCAAUGAUGAAGCGAUAUAUUCGUGUGAGGCGAGUAAUGAUUAUGAAGUGAUGAGAAUUGAUGGAACUUUGAGGAUAUUAGUUUGCCCAGAGAUCUCAAAAGGACCGGAUACCAUAACAGUUAUGAAGGGAGAAGCAGCUGUCAUAACAUGUAGAAUUCUGCAAGGACACCCCGAACCGAGUAUAAUUUGGCAGUACAAAAAACGAAGUUUUGAAGAUUUUGGCAAACUACCCUCAAAUGCAAUUUCAAACCACACAAUUUUAAACGUGUAUAAUGCAUCUGAUGAUAGUGAUGGAUCGUAUCGAUGUGUUGCCGAGAACACUUGCGGCAAAGACGAGUUUAGUACCACUUUGAUGGUUCAGUCCCCGCCAGAAUUAGUGAGUUUACCCAAUGAAGAGCUUAUCAAGCCAAUAGAGGCGGGCGACAGAGUGACGUUCAGCUGUAAGGCUGAGGGCACACCGCGGCCCGCUGUCGUCUGGAACAAGGAUGGCAGGCCUGUCUCUUAUUCUACCAGGGUGUUUAUAGACAAUACUCUGUACAGGACUCAGUCAAUAGAACAACUGGUGAUUGAAGGAGCAAAUGUGCAGGAUUCUGGGAUCUACACUUGUAAUGCUGCCAGCUCUCUCGGCUCAGUUGCAAAGGAGUUUCCACUAGUUGUAUAUGAAUCCCCAGUGAUAGACAGCAACCUCUCCGACCAAGUAUCAGUGAACGAGGGCCAAUACGUGGAGUUGCCCUGCGUAGCGCGAGGUCACCCCAAACCGGAUAUCCGGUGGCUACACGACGGACAGCCCGCCACGGAUACCAGGAGAUCCUUUGAUGAGACUGGGAUCAGAUUCAUAGCAAAUUUAACCGAUUUCGGAACAUACACGUGCAUUGCUGAAAAUGAGUUUGCCAGCACUUCUUUGAACUUCUCCGUUUUUGUGUGGGUGCCGCCAUCUAUCGAGCCACCUUUGGAAGACAAACAAGAUGUGUUUGUUGGUCAAAACAUAACUCUCCAAUGUGACGUGGUCGGUUUUCCCAUUCCAAAUAUAAUGUGGGAGUUCAACGAUGUUAUACUCAGCGAAAAUACUACGGAUUUAAGAUUCAAUAAAGUUGGUGAUAUAUUUAUUAUCAAUGCAAGUUUAAGACAUGAGGGUGUUUACGUAUGUAUAGCAGAGAAUAUAGCGGGUAUGAUGACGAAGAGUUUAUGGCUUAACGUCAAUGAACCGCUGAGAAUUUCACCCGAUAACUUCGAAGGACCUUACAUAGCUACGAAUAUGGAUACUUCUUUAGUUAUAAGCUGCAAUGUUACAGGCAAACCUAAACCUUUUAUUGUAUGGUCUAAGGACGACUAUUAUUUGAAUAACGAUCCUCGUUUCGAAGUGGACUCCGAAGGCACGUUGACGAUCAAGUCUCCCACUGAAGACCUGAGUGGCGCCUACACGUGCACAGCCAAGAGUGUGUCGGGACAAGUCAAUAGGACCGUCAGCGUGGAAAUAUACUCUCUGCCUACACAAAUGCAGUCAGAUCAGACCCACACGGCUGUGACGGUGGUGGAAGGUCGACCGGCACACAUCGCCUGUCCUAUAUCAGCGUCGAAGAAGGACCACAUUAAAUGGUAUAAGGAUGCCAAAAUUGUUUCUCGUGGCCAACUUGAAUUCUCGAAUGUUUCUCGCCACGACGCUGGCACAUACGCUUGUGUGGUGACCAAUGCGGUGUCUUCGUCGUCUGCCAGUGUGCUGCUGAGGGUGGAGUGGCCGCCGGGGUUCGUGGACAAUACGGGGGGUGGAGUGGAGGCGGUCAAGGGAGGGGAUUACUACUUUGACUGCGAGGUUGACUCGAAGCCGGUCGCUAAGACAAAAUGGCUGUUCAACUCCCGACCGAUGCUGUUUCAAGAGCAGCCUCGCCUUAAAUUGCUGACGGUACAAAUAUGGCACACGGGCGUCUACCAGUGUGUCGUGUCCAAUACACACGGCGCUGUUACUAAGCGAUUCUCUCUCGAUGUUUUGGAGCCACCGUUCAUAUCGGAGUUUGACUUAUUGGAUGUACGACUGAAAGAAGGUGUUAACGCGACUCUGCAGUGCGACGCUCGAGGCACGCCGAUACCCAGUGUUGAAUGGAGUUUCAAUAACACAAACUGGCACGUUAUCAAUUCGACAUUAUCAACCACCAUCAUAACUGCCUCUUCGUCGGGUUUGUACCGCUGUGACGCGACGAACAAAGCAGGGCGCGCACACCUAGUGUACCGAGUGAGUGUGGUGUCACCAGCGAAGGUUCUAGAGCUGGUGACGUAUGAGAACGGAGUGGGGACCACUGUUGGAGACAAGGUGGAGGCUGUGCUAGGCAGCCGCCUCCGAAUAUCCUGUUCAGCAUCAGGCUUACCACCUCCUAGAAUCCAGUGGAUAAGGAACGGGAACACAUUGAUGUCUCGCGAGGAAGACCUCAGCUUGGAGUUGGUGAUGGAGAAUUUGCAGACAAAUCAAGCAGGGAGCUACAGUUGUGUGGUCAGCAAUGAUGGGGGGAUCCACGAGAGGAGGGUUAAGUUGGAGAUUCUAGAGCCACCGAAAAUAUUCCAGACAUUAUUUGAGAACUCAAACUAUACUGAUAAUGUCGUGAACUUAGAAGUGAUGUCAGGUCAAGCGUUUUACCUGCACUGCCAUCCUUAUGGUAAUCCCCUACCAGAGGUAUACUGGUUCAAAAACGACUUGCCUCUACGAUUGUUCGACGACUCUAUGGUGUCCACGGACUAUGGUGAGGUUAUAGUGUCGAAGAAUGCUGUCUAUGAUCAGACAGGGAAUUACACCUGCGUGGCGAGAAAUAAAGUGGGAAACAAUAGUGUCAGUUAUCUGGUCGAUGUUUUGGUUCCCCCGCCAACGCCUAAAGAAACCACAAAAGCCGUCCCUGUCAAAGUUGGCAAGCCCCUUCAACUGAACUGCCCAGUGGAAGGCAGUCCCCUGCCAUACGUAAUGUGGGUUAAACAUCCGUACACCGAACUUGGGAACACUUCGCGAGUUCUUCUAUUCAACAACUACACUUUGUUCAUAAACAAGACUGAAGUGUCAGACAGCGGCACUUACUCCUGCAUCCUCACAAAUAAAGUUGGUACCACUGAAAUUAUCUUCGAGGUGACAGUGGAGAAGGCGCCCAAAAUCGGACACAUGGACAAACAGACAGACAAACAGCCUGAGACACACGUGGUGGCACUGAGGAGGAGUCUCGUGUUGAAGUGCGAAGUGGAUGGGCAUCCUUUGCCUAAGAUCACGUGGUUGAAGGACACGCAACAACUAAGCAACAGUCUAUCCAAUGUCCAACGCGUCUUGGGAAACAGUUUGCUAGCAAUUUGGAGUGCGAGUGUGCGCGACGCGGGGCAGUAUAUAUGUGUGGCGGAGAAUACUGCGGGCACUGCGCACAGGAGAUAUAAUGUGGUUAUACAAGUCCCGGGCAAAUGGAGCAAGUGGUCUCAGUGGGACUACUGCAACGCGACGUGCGGGCUGGGGCACCAACACCGCUCCAGGGUCUGCCGGUUUGUGGACGACGACGACAAUCCCAUUGACAAGACGACUCAACCGGACAAAAUUUUAGUGGACGAGUCGGCUUGCAAAGGCCUUGGCACGGAUAGAAGGAAAUGUCAUAUGCCGCCGUGUGAGACUGAGGAUUCCGCCCCCAGCUGGUCGGCGUGGUCGCGCUGGUCGGCGUGCAGCGCGACGUGCGGCGCGGCUGCGCAGGCGCGUCACCGCCGCUGUCGGCGCCGCGCCUGCCGCGGGGACAACGUGCAGAUACGGAAAUGCCCUGGUUUGCCGAAGUGUGGAGAUUUUAAUUCUUCAGAAAAUGAUGUCUAUAAUAAUAUUGAAGAUACCAUUCCUUCAGAUCCGUAUGUACCGGAAGCCACGUUCGAAGUGCAGCCGGAAGUGGUGGGGGUGCCCAGCUAUAAUGACGUAGAAGAAUUUCGCGACAACAGUUUUAUAUACAGCGAACGCGAGUAUUCUAACCCCCGACCGCUCUACUACGACGUGAACGUGACUGAGAACCUGGACCACAGCGAGCGAGGGCCAUGCGACCCUGGGUACGUGUACAAUAGCACUGCCAACUCCUGCGACGACAUAGACGAAUGCCCGCUAGAGACCAACCGAUGCCAUUCUACACAGACGUGCGUCAACACGGCGGGAGGGUACCGCUGCGGCUGCCCCGCCGGGUACCACGCGCUGUCUGCCGGCAGCCGCUGUCUGGAUAUAAACGAGUGCAUCCAAGACAUUCACGGCUGCGAGUUCGCGUGCGUCAACGUGGCGGGAGGCUACGUGUGCGCGUGUCCCAGGCAUCUGAGGCUACACGUGGACAAACACCACUGUGUCGAACCCUCCCUCUACCGAGAGCCACUAAAUUGGGAUCAUUUCGAAACAGAUGACUACUUGAGUACAUCAGUGGACGCUCCCAUUAAGUAUACUAGGGUCCCGGUAGAUUAGCUUUUUAUACCUCAUUUUAUCGCUAAGACCGACAUUUAAACAUUGAUGAUAUAAAAUUGUAAUAUUAUAUAAUUUUGAUAAAAUUUUUGCCGAUGUAGAGAGAAAUCACAUAUUGUUUUAUUUGGUAUUUUCAGUAAAAAAAAAAAAACAAAUAUUUACAGGGCUUUUUUUUUCAUUUCCAUAAUUUGUUUACUUUGAAUGAAAAUUUUAAUGAUUUAUUAAGUAGUCUCAAUAAAAAUAAAGAGGAGUUGCUCCCGCGGCGUGGUACGCGCGACGCCGUUUUUAUCGCUCGAAAAACUGUUGUUUCGCUUUUUCUUAUGUCGUGAAACGGGACAGCGAUAGUAUUCGAGCGAUUAAGAAUAAGACUUUACAAUAAGAAAUACAGGA